AAAGUACACAAUAACAAUGAAAAUGUCACAUGACUCUGAUAUGGGAUUGAAAAAACAAGAAGUUAAAUCUGGAACUAUAAUUCAUCAAGAAAAACCCUUUGUCUAUGUGUUAAGUUCAAAGUAUAGAACUGAAUACUGUGAUUUCUGCUUUAAAAAGAGUGAACUUUCUAAAUGCUCAGGCUGUAAGUGUGUUUAUUAUUGUGGAAGGGGUUGUCAAAAACUGGGAUGGGACAUCCAUAAAAUGGAAUGUAAAAAUUUAGCCAAGGUGGCUCCCAGACUAGUCCCAGAUGCAGCCAGAGUGUUGGCUAGGCUUAUAAAAAAAUUACAGAAAGGAGGUGACCAAGUAAAAGAAUACUAUUCUGAAAAACGAUAUCGAAUGUUUAAGGACCUUAUGUCUCAUUAUCCCACUCUUAAAAACGACCAACAUAAAAUGGAACAUAUUGGAUCUUUAUAUGGAGUUUUAUCAGAAUUUUUAGGUAAUGAUCGCGUACCAAAUUCUGCUGAAAUAAUGGGAUUAUAUGGAAGGAUGUGUGUUAAUAGUUUUAAUAUUUGCAAUCAAGAGUUUCAAAGUUUAGGAACAGGCAUUUAUCUUGGGGCUUCUGUACUUGAUCAUUCCUGUGCCCCAAAUGCCAUUGCCAUCUUUGAGGGUACAACAAUACAAAUUAGAACUUUGAAGGACCUUAAAUAUUAUGAUUUAUCUGAGUUGUUUAUAAGUUAUAUUGACAUUCUGGGCACUACAAAAGAAAGACAAGAACAACUGGAAUUAACUUACUAUUUUCUAUGUCAAUGCUCAAAAUGCUUAGGACCUGAACCAAUGGGCGAAAUGACUGCAGCUGCAUGUCCAGACACUAAAUGUGAUAAUUAUAUAGAUGUGAAUUUUGUUUUGCCAGGAGAUAAAUGCAAAAAAUGUGGAGAAGUUGUGACUGAAGAAUUUCUUAAUAAGUUUCACAAGGUUAUUAGCUUUACCAAAGACCAAAUUGAAAGUAUGAAAAAUAUUACUUAUUUGGAUGUCUGUAAAGUGUGUUUAAAACAACACGAAGGAGUCGUCUACAGACAUAACUUAAAGCACGUUAAAAUUCUGGACUUGGCAUUUGAAAGUAGCAUAGAUUUUCAUUUAUUUGAAGAUGCAAAAGUUUUUGGAUUGGAAUUGAUAGAUAGUUUUUAUAAAUACUAUGGACAUAUUCACCCACUGACUGGGUUGUUACAUUUAAAAUUGGGGAAAAUUUAUCUCUAUCAGAAUGAUUUGAAACUUGCUGAGUAUCACCUAAAAAAGGCUAAUCAGAUAUUAAGAAUAACACAUGGAUAUACUAGUUCAUUAUACAAAGAUGAGGUGCUUCCAUUAAUACAACAACUAGAUAUGUGAACAAUUUGUUGUUUUU